AUGUCGGUAUUGAAUCGCGACUUAUAUCUAUCUAACCAUCAAAUGGUGUAUAAAAUACCGGAAUUCCCUUUACGUAUACCGAAGGCCGAGACAUUGAGAGUUAGUAGAGAAAAGUUUUACAGCUUUAAGACAAUGAGUCCACUGUUGAGACCAAAUGGCGUCAAUAGAUGUGAAGCACAUGUAUGUAAGGAACUGGAGCUAUGCAUACCGUUGGGGACAAGCUAUCGGUGUCUGUCAAAGGAAACUGAUAGUGAUAAUCAAGAUUUCUAUAAGAAGUUGAAUACAAUGAGUGGCACGACAUAUAGAUCCCUGUUUUAA